GCAAAACAUUAACAAAAAAAAACAAAUUGUGUAAGCCAUGGAAACUCAAUUUCUCAAAUCCAUGGCCAAUAGAGAUGAAAAUAAUACUAAAGAACUUCACAUAGUUAUGUUUCCAUGGCUAGCUUUUGGUCAUAUUAUCCCAUUUCUUGAACUUUCCAAAUUCAUAGCUCGAAAGGGUCAUAAAAUUUCUUUUAUUUCGACUCCAAGAAACAAUGAUCGUCUCCCGAAAAUUCCCCAUGAAUUUUCUAAUUCCAUUACUUUUGUAAAAAUUCCACUUCCCAAAAUUGAUGGAUUACCAAAUGAUGCAGAGGCCACUAUGGAUAUAAGAAAUGAAGAAAUGGUUUAUCUCAAGAAAGCAAUGGAUGGUAUGGAAAAAGAAGUGACUAAUUUCUUGGAAAAUAAUUCUCCUGAUUGGAUUAUUCAAGAUUUUGCACAAUAUUGGUUGGCUCCAAUUUCAACAAGAUUAGGGAUAUCAAGAAUAUUCUAUAGUAUAGUAAAUGGUUGGUUCCUUUCCUUUUUUGGUUCUUUUGAGAACAUGAUCAACACCAACAAUUGUACAUCACCACCAAAGUUGGAGGAAUUUUUGGUACCACCAAAAUGGAUCCCAUUUGAAACAAAGGUAGCGUAUCGCCGCCACGAGGCGUGGUGGAUGGUGGAGUCGAGUCAAAAGAAUGUUUCUGGCGCUUCAGACCUUUAUCGUAAUGGUGUCACAAUCGAAGGAGCAGACGCUAUUAUUAUUCGUCACUGUCAUGAGUUUGAGGGUCAAUGGUUGAAGUUACUAGAGAAUUUGCAUCAUAUGCCUGUGCUUCCUACGGGGCUAAUGCCACCUAUUGUGGAAACUAGCAUCGAUGUUAAAAAUGAAUCUUGGAUAUCUAUUAAAGAAUGGUUAGAUGAAAAACCAAAAGGUUCAGUGGUUUAUGUAGCGCUAGGAAGUGAAGUGGCGGUUGGUCCGAGUGAAAUCAAUGAGCUAGCUCGUGGGUUGGAGUUAUGUGGAUCACCUUUCUUUUGGGUCUUGAGAAAGUCCUCUAAGUCGGGAUAUACUGACCCAAUUGAGCUACCGGAUGGUUUUGAGGAAAGAACCAAAGGUCGAGGCAUAGUAUGGAAGAGUUGGGUACCUCAAUUGAAGAUACUGAGUCAUGAAUCAGUCGGUGGAUUCUUGACUCAUUGCGGAUGGAGCUCAACUAUAGAAGGGUUAAUGUUUGGUCAUCCGUUAAUUAUGUUACCUUUUCUGGUAGAUCAAGGAUUAAACGCUAGAAUCUUAGAGGACAAAGGGGUCGGUGUAGAAGUACCCCGAAACGAAGAGGAUGGGUCCUAUACGAGUGAUUCGGUGGCCAAUUCGGUGAAGCUAAUAAUGGUGGAGAGUGAUGGAAAGUUAAUUCGAGAGAAAGCAAAAGAAAUGACUUCUAUAUUUGGUGACAAAGACCUUCAUGAUAACUAUAUAGAAAAUCUUAUUAAUUUCUUGGAAAAUCAUAGGAAAGUGAAGAAUUAAUGUAUGAAAAGUUGAAAACUUCCCCCCACCCUUUCCUUUUUUUCUUUUUUUCAUUUAUGUUUAGUUUUUUUAUUUGAUGAAUUUGUACUUGCCUUUCAUUAUCUUGGAUUUUAUUCAAAGAAAAAACGGAUUUGUACAACUACAAGGACUUGUUCAAAAAUUGUAGUAGGUACAAGUCUUACUAAGACUCUU